CCGGCGCCGGCCGAGCUGCGGGGGAGCCGCGGAUAGCACCAGCCGCAGCCGCCGCGGGAGCUGCUCCGGCCGCACCAUGCGAGAACUGGCCAUCGAGAUCGGGGUCCGAGCCCUGCUUUUCGGGGUCUUCGUUUUUACGGAGUUCUUGGAUCCAUUCCAGAGAGUCAUCCAGCCGGAGGAGAUCUGGCUCUAUAAAAACCCUUUGGUGCAGUCAGACAACAUACCUACCCGCCUCAUGUUCGCAAUUUCUUUCCUCACACCCCUGGCUGUUAUUUGUGUGGUGAAAAUUAUCCGGCGAACAGACAAGACUGAAAUUAAGGAAGCCUUCCUAGCCGUGUCCUUGGCUCUUGCUUUGAAUGGAGUCUGCACAAACACUAUUAAAUUAAUAGUGGGAAGACCUCGCCCCGAUUUCUUUUACCGCUGCUUUCCAGAUGGAGUGAUGAACUCGGAAAUGCACUGCACAGGUGACCCCGAUCUGGUGUCCGAGGGCCGCAAAAGCUUCCCCAGCAUCCAUUCCUCCUUUGCCUUUUCGGGACUCGGCUUCACGACGUUUUACUUGGCUGGCAAGCUGCACUGCUUCACUGAGAGUGGGCGGGGGAAGAGCUGGCGGCUCUGUGCUGCCAUCCUGCCCCUGUACUGCGCCAUGAUGAUCGCCCUGUCCCGCAUGUGCGACUACAAACAUCACUGGCAAGAUUCUUUUGUUGGUGGAGUCAUUGGCCUCAUUUUUGCCUACAUUUGCUACAGACAGCACUACCCGCCUCUGGCCAACACAGCUUGUCACAAACCCUACGUCAGUCUACGAGUCCCGCCGUCGCUGAAGAAAGAUGAGAGGCCCACGGCCGACAGCGCACCCAGCCUGCCCCCUGAGGGGAUCACCGAGGGCCCCGUAUGACUGGGACCUCGGAGGAUGGUCGCUGAGCCCAGGCCACGCUCUACCACCUACCAUAACACAGUAGAAGAGGUUUUCUGUAGUGUGCUCCUCAUCAGUUGUUCAUCCAAGUUAUCCUCCUGCUUCCAUUUUGCCGACGGUGUUCCUGCUACUUUAAAUGUCUACUUUCAGCUCUCCUGAAUUCGCAAGGGAAGGACCCAGGAACGUUCUCUGAGAGACCUGUGGGUUUGGAAGGAGGCUGCAAGGGUGGGCGGGCACAGCUUGGUCGAUUCCUCCGUCUGAAAUGUUUUCUAUCGCAGCCAGCGUCCUAUGAUUUCACGGUUGUAAAGCAUAAUAAAAUGUCGCACCUGGAAGACGUGGCAUUGGCCGUUCGGCGCACAAGUCAUUCGGGGCCGCAGUGAGUCUCACAUCCGCCGCCGCGUGAGCAUCUGGCCCAGCACUAGCUCUGGCUGUGGUCAUUCUAGGUGCUGAGCUGGGGGCAAAGGCUGAGAACUUUCACAACAGUCAGCCACAGCUUACGUCUCUGAAAUGGACUUGCAACUUGGAGAUACAGCCUUAGUAUCUCCAGGGCUUUUUGAAUCGCUGAAUCUAGAAGGAAGUGAGAUGCAUAGGCUUCCACCAAACACGAUGAAAAUAGAGAUUCCAAGUAUGGGGAGGGGGUCACUGCAGUUUUCUGAGGGCCCUGGCUACCAUAUCCUUUCAAGGGAACGGCUGGGUGACGGUGAAGUAAGAAGCAGCCUCCAGGUAGGAGCUUUUCCCCUGUAGGAUCCCAGUGCUUGAAAGCUUCUCCAGGUGGUGGCGGCAAGUCCCCAUUCCUAUCUGGCAGGUGGCGUUACAGCAUGAGAGGGCGCGGGCAGAAGGUGCCGGAGCACGAUCGGCAAUAUGCUGUCUCUUGCUCGGCUCUUCGAACUGUUUAAAAGCGGCCAGUCGAGAACCGUUUUUAGUCUGAGUACAGAGCCUGCGCUCCUCGGCCAGCUGGUUCUCUUCAAAGCAGCGGGCGUCCCUCCGUUCAGUUCUGAUCACGCGCACCAAGUGGUUCUCCAGAUUCCUGGGCCUGCUGCGAUGGGAAGCGUUUCUGGUGUCUGAAGACUGUCACUUUCCAGCAGUCCAUGGAACAGACUGCAUUUGGAAAGACUCGAGGGGCUGUACAAGUGGUCACCUGCAUAGCUCUGCCCUGGGUGUGCCAGUUGGAACCAUCAGGAUGUCUUUGAUCAGCCACGUCCACUGCGGGCUCAGCCUGGGAGUGUGUGAAGAUCUUAUCAAAUGAGCCCCAGUGCAGCCCUGCAGCUGUGGUCCUUCCAAACCUGUGUCUGCACUGAGCCAGGGAGCCGCCGUCCUGUUGCGGGGUCGGGGGAGGGGAGGUCUUGAAGUGACAUCCUUCCAAAGUCAGAUGUUUUAAAAUUGCAGCAGUUACACUCACAAGCAACUUUGAAAACACAUGUGAGAUACUUUAAAAGCUAAGUCAUAGCAAUUCAUGAGAUCAUUUUAAACCCAGAGCCAAAAUUCAUGUAAAAUUUUAAACAAUAUUCUGAUCUAACUAAAAGUUUCGUAAUUUUCAAAAUAAAGUCAAAAAUAAAAAUGCAGGAAAAGGAGCCUUUGCUACCUACUGUUUAGAAAAAUAACACCCAAUGCAGCCCGUAUACUUCUUUGAUUCCAUUUUCCCCAUACUCUGCAUAGCAAGCAGAAUGAAAGCGACGAGAGAGUUACACUUCAGUUAAUGAUGACAAAAUUCUGGACCAUGAAAUGUAAAUUUAAUAUAAACACAUUUAAAGAUAAAUGGAAGGACUCUGAAAAGUAACAAAGAACAGAGCGUUGUUAAUGCUGAUGAUUAUUCAGUUGAAAGUCCUAAGACAGGCCAUGUAAAUGCUUUCAUUAAAUUGUAAUUAAAAUCACAAAGGACGUAAUAACCUGAAGUGUAUGGCAGGAUCCUUCGGAGACAUAAUUAACGGUAUGAGCCAGUUCGCAAAAGGCAGGUGUUUUUGUGGAUCCAUAUAUUUUAAUUUCACGCUCCAUUAAGGUGAAGGAAAUGCAACAUCGCAAGGCACUAAUAAAACGGCAAAGAAUGGAGACAUUUGCUCCCCAGCCCCCGGUCUGUUUUGGAUGUGAGGGGUUACUAAUACAGUCUCUGGCAAAGCAAGCUGCA